AUGGAACGGGAUUCGUCUGAUAGUAAAAAAAAUACCAUCGAAGAACCACCCCCGCCUUAUACACCGACAGCUUCCGCUACUUCCUCGACAAACCCUGUCCCGCGAGAAACCGACCAUUUAAAGGCUUCGGCACCUAAAACGUCAUACUCCAAUCCAUAUCCUGCAAUACCCAAUCCAACUUAUGGCACUUCACCAGACACUGUAAUUCUAACGCCUGCUGUGCCGCUAACCGACAUUAAGGAUCAGCCAGUAGUGACUACUUGUCCACAUUGUCGAAAGGUAGUGCUAAGUCAUACACGUUAUAGAAACGGCUCUGCAAACUGGCUUGCAAGCUUGGCCUUGAUGUGUUUCGGUCUGAAUGGCGGAUGUUGUCUGAUACCGUUCUGCUUGAACGAUCUCAAGAAUGUAAUUCACGAGUGUCCUAAUUGUGGACGUAUUAUGGCAGAAUACGCCAGGUUAAAUGGAGACGUUAAUAUAUAUAGAGGACGUUAG